GUGUGUUUGUGUGGAAACAAAAAGAUAAAAAACUGCUCGAGAACGCAGCGUUUGUUCCCAAACAUAAAUUUAUAAGUAAAAAUCGCAAGGAAGCAGUGCAAAUCAAUUAUUUGGCUGUGCCGCCUGAGCCGGCGCUCCGAAACAAAGCGCGAUUAACGAAACGCACAGUGAUAUAAGCAAAGUACAAAACAGUCGCAGCCUGCCAGACAAAGGAAAAGGAUAGAAGAGGUGAAAACGCACACUCAGUAUAUAGCUUGCGGCACACUCAGCACUCACGAUGUCAACCGGAAGGCCCAUAAAAUGUGUUGUCGUUGGCGACGGCACUGUCGGAAAGACCUGCAUGCUAAUCUCCUACACGACAGACUGCUUUCCCGGCGAAUAUGUGCCCACAGUCUUCGACAACUACUCGGCGCCCAUGCAAGUGGACACAAUACAGGUCUCGCUGGGACUCUGGGAUACGGCGGGUCAAGAGGACUAUGACCGCCUGAGACCGCUCUCCUACCCGCAGACAGACGUUUUCCUGAUAUGCUACAGCGUGGCGAGUCCCUCGUCCUUCGAGAACGUUACCUCGAAAUGGUAUCCGGAGAUAAAGCACCACUGCCCCGACGCGCCCAUCAUUUUAGUUGGAACCAAAAUCGAUUUGCGCGAAGAUCGAGAGACACUUAGCGGUCUGGCAGAGCAGGGACUGACGCCGCUAAAGCGGGAGCAGGGUCAGAAGCUGGCAAACAAAAUACGCGCUGUGAAAUACAUGGAGUGCUCCGCCUUGACGCAGCGCGGCCUCAAGCCGGUGUUCGAGGAAGCAGUGCGCGCGGUGCUCAGACCAGAGCCGCUAAAGCGACGCCAGCGAAAGUGUUUAGUUAUGUAAAUAAGGUAGCAUGUUAUUGGCUUUGACAGAGUAAAGAGAUUCCUCGGAAGCGACACGUACACCGGCGCGGCGGCCGGCACACAUAGACACCCAAGCAGCGCCCUCAUCGACAAAUCAAUUACAUAUAUUUAUUUAUAAAAGUUUCAAAUUUCUCGUAAUGCAUCAAGCCCUAAACGGUCCCGAUAGAAAACUCUGAAGCAACACUAGAUACUGCCACUUGAAUUCGUGUGAAAUCUAUCGUUGUUUUCAGAGUUUUUUCUUUCGAAUCGUUGCGGUCUUUCAGCACACCAUGAAUCCCUCCCGUAAAAAUUGAUACCACAUUGUUAACAAACUCGGAACCACAGAGAAAUCAUAAAUCGAAUGCAGCUACACAUGUAGAAAUCUAGUCAAUUGAAUCGAAUGUAUUGUACUAAUAGUAUCAAGCAAAAAAUGAAAAUUAUAAGAACCACAGCCAACUCGCA